AAUACUAUUUUGAGUAUUACUAAACAUUGGUACAACACCUGGAAUACAAGCUUCAAUUUUGUGCAUGCAUAGACAUAGAUGAGACAAGAUGUGCUUUCUCUUGUACUUAUAGCUUGGUGUUUUUUAAAGAGGAAUUUGGCUCUGAGAGCAAAAGAUCAAAAGGAAUAGGAAUUGGAAUUGGACUUGGUGCUUCAGAUGGACCAAUCUCUCUUGAUGAUUUUCGGAGCCUUCAACGUUCAAACAUGGAUCUGAGGAAACUUCUUGAAAAUCAAGUUGUAACCAUUGAAUCAUUGCGCAGUGAGAACCGUGCAGAUAGUGAGCGCCAUGAAAUUGAAAUAAGAGAAUUAAAAGAAUCAGUUACAAAAUCUUAUCUUGAUCAGCUCAGUGACUUGUGCCAGUCUUUGGAGGCUAAAGAGAAGGAACUAGCAGAGUUAAAUAAAAUAUCUGCUGAACAAAAGCAUGAAAUCGAAGACCUUAAUGAAAGACGUAGUGCAUCUGUGCAGUCAUGUGUUGAAGCUAAUGAAAUAAUUAAUAGUCAGCAGAGAUCUAUUUCUGAAUUAAAAGCCUUAUUAGAUGAAGAGCGUGAUCAGAGAAGAGAAGAGCGAGAGAAAUCUGCAGUAGAUAUAAAAGCUUCAAUACAAAGAGUCCAGGCUGAGGCUGAGGAGGAAAUAAAACGAAUAUCAGAUGCUGCAUUAAGACGAGAGAAAGAGCAGCAAGAAAUUAUAAAUAAGCUUCAGGAAGCAGAGAAGAAAAGGUGUUCAUUAGUGGAAACUUUGAGGUCCAAAUUGGAAGACACCAGGCAAAAGUUGGUUGUUUCUGAUAAUAGAGUACGCCAACUGGAGGCUCAAAUUCGUGAGGAGCAGCUUGCUUGUGCCAGCAACAGAAAAGUAUACAUGCUUCCUCUUGCUUACUUUGAUACUCGACUAUCUAAAUAAUCCAUUCAUUCCC